GCCGCGCGCGGCUUCCCAGCUCCCUGGGUGUCUCGGCGCCUCCUCGGACCCGGCGCGAUGGGCAAGAAGGGCAAGAAAGAGAAGAAGGGCCGCGGGGCGGAGAAGACGGCUGCCAAGAUGGAGAAGAAGGUGUCCAAGCGCUCGCGGAAGGAGGAGGAAGACCUUGAAGCUCUCAUAGCCCAUUUCCAGACACUAGAUGCCAAAAAGACUCAGAUCGUGGAAACACCCUGCUCUCCACCUUCACCAAGGUUAAAUGCCUCACUCUCCGCUCAUCCUGAGAAAGAUGAAUUAAUCCUUUUCGGAGGUGAAUAUUUCAAUGGCCGAAAAACGUUUUUAUAUAAUGAACUCUAUACCUACAACAUCAGGAAGGACUCCUGGGCCAAGGUCGAAAUCCCGAAUCCACCCCCGCGGCGCUGUGCUCACCAGGCUGUGGUGGUGCCUCAGUGCGGCGGGCAGCUAUGGAUCUUUGGGGGAGAGUUUGCUUCUCCCAAUGGAGAACAGUUUUACCACUACAAGGAUCUCUGGGUCCUGCAUUUGGCCACCAAAACCUGGGAGCAAGUCAGAUCACCAGGCGGUCCUUCGGGUCGCAGUGGACAUCGGAUGGUAGCCUGGAAGAGACAGUUAAUCCUUUUUGGUGGCUUCCAUGAGAGCACAAGAGAUUACAUCUAUUACAACGACGUGUAUGCCUUUAACCUGGACACAUUCACGUGGAGCAAGCUGUCCCCAGCAGGGGCCGGGCCCACCCCCAGGUCGGGCUGCCACAUGUCCGUCACUCCCCAGGGCGGCAUCGUCAUCUACGGGGGCUACUCGAAACAGAGAGUCAAGAAAGAUGUGGACAAAGGCACCCAGCAUGCAGAUAUGUUCCUGCUGAAGUUUGAAGAAGGAAGAGAAGGCAGAUGGGUGUGGACUCGGAUUAACCCUUCGGGUGCUAAGCCCACCCCCAGGUCUGGCUUCUCAGGGGCCAUGGCCCCCAACCAUCAGACGCUGCUCUUCGGGGGGGUCUGUGAUGAGGAAGAGGAGGAGAGCCUGGAGGGUGACUUCCUCAAUGACCUGCAUUUCUACGACACCACCAAGAACCGCUGGUUUGCGGGACAGCUGAAGGGACCCAAGUCAGAGAAGAGGAAGCGCAGGCGGGGCAUGAAAGUGGAGCCCGAGGGUGCCAACAAGCCGGAGUCUGAGGGGGUCAGCGCCCAGGCACCCCUGGAGGUGGUUAGAGAGGUGGUCGCAGAGGACGGGACUGUGGUCACCAUUAAGCAGCUGCUUACUGCCCCAGGCCCGGCUGGACAGCCACAGUCAGAUGAGGACGACAGCCCCGAGGAAGUGGGUGGCCCCGCGGUGGAGCCGUGCCCCCGCUCCAACGCCAUGCUGGCCGUGAAGCACGGCCGCCUCUACCUCUAUGGGGGCAUGUUUGAGGCCGGCGACCGCCAGGUCACCCUCAGCGACUUGUACUGCCUCGAUCUGCAUAAGAUGGAGGAGUGGACGGCUCUGGUGGAGGCCGAUCCAGAAACUCAGGAGUGGCUGGAAGAGAGCGACUCAGAGUCCAGCAGUGCGGGCGAGGGCGCUGAGGGCGGAGAGGAGGACGAGGACGGCAGCAGCGAGGAGGACGGAGAGCCACAGCACCCCUUGGUGAUGCCUGGAGAGCAGUUCGCAGACUACCUGCCCAGGACUGAGCAGUACUGGGUAAGGCUCGCCCAGGAUGGCGCUGGGCCUGACGCAAAGGAGAAGAAAGUGCUGAAAGUAGCCCAGGCCAUGGCGAAAGCUUUCUUUGAGGACUCAGCAUGAGCUGCCAGGCUGGCAGGAGGCACAAUGACUGAGGUGGUCUUCCUUCAGCAUCACUGGUGUGGUUUAAAAUAAACCGGACUUGGAACAAG